AUGUGCGGUAUCUCGGCCUGUCUCACUCUCCGACCGGGGCAGCACUUCCACACCGAAGCCCUGAACGGAUAUGCCAGCGGCACCAAUGGUGCGGCAGAAGCGCACGCCAACGGAAAAGUCAAGGCGACUCAGGAUCUCAGGGAGCAGUUGAGCAAGAGCCUCGAAGCGAUCUCUCACCGAGGACCAGACGCGCAGGGGGUCUGGGUCAGUGAGGAUGGGUUCAUCGGGCUGGGUCAUUGCCGAUUGGCCAUCAAUGACUUGACGCCCGACGGCAACCAGCCUAUCCACAGCGACGAUGAAACAAUCCAUGCUAUCGUCAACGGGGAGAUCUACGAUCACGAUCGUAUCCGAGAGGAGUGCAAACAGCGGGGCUACAAGUUUAGAGGUCACAGCGAUAGUGAAGUGAUCCUGGCACUGUACAAGGCCUACGGCGCCCCACAGUUUCUGGAGCACUUACGCGGCGAGUUCGCCUUUGUGCUGUACGAUGAGGCAGCUGGCAAGGUUAUCUUAGGCCGUGAUAGGUUCGGUAUCAAGCCUCUGUUGUGGACCAUUGUCCGCCAGGAAGAUGGGACAGACAAGUUGAUCGUCGCGCCUGAGGCCAAGGCAUUCCUUCCCUUGGGGUGGAAACCUCAAUGGGAUGUGGGUGCCAUUGUUGACGGCGGAUGGAUGCAAGAUGGCCGAUCGUUGUUCAAGGGUGUGAAGAAAGUACCACCAGGACACUGGAUGGAGAUUUUGAAAGAUGGUGUGAUGCAAAUACAUCAGUACUGGGAUGCGGAUUACAAAGACAAGACGGAGGGCGAGACGAGGAGCGUGGAUGAGAUGGUCCUUGAGCUUCGUGAGAGGCUUACGGAGGCUAUUCGUCUCAGACUUCGCGCUGACGUGCCGAUCGGUAUCUAUCUCUCAGGCGGCAUCGACUCAUCCCUGGUAGCAGGUAUCGUCACUCACCUUGUAAGAGACGAAGGUAUCAAGAUUGGCAACAAGGAUGCGACCAGUCGAAUUAGUUGCUUCACUAUUCAGUUUCCUAAAGAGUCGGGCUUUGAUGAGUCUGACAUUGCAGAGAGAACGGCGCAACAUCUUGGUGUCCAGAUACAGAAGACGCAAGUCAACGAGAGCAUAUUGGCGGAGAACUUUGCUGACUGCGCGUAUCAUUGUGAACAUCAUCACUUUGAUCUGAACUGCGUUGGGAAAUUCACCUUAUCGUCGCUUCCAAACGAGAACGGUGUCAAAGUGGUUUUGACCGGUGAAGGUGCUGAUGAGCACUUUGCUGGAUACGCCUUUUUCCCACCGGAUUAUCUACGCGAGCCAGACUUGUCGAUGCCAAGCUCACCUCUGGUAAUCGACUCGGAACUUCGUCAGAAUAUGCAAAGAUCCACUGAGCGGGACAUUAAGCUGCUCAUCCCCCGCGCCGGAGCCUUCGAACACGGUUGGGAGUCUACACCUGCGAUGAAGAAGGUCAAUGACACACUUUUACCCCCGUGUAUCCUCGCAUGGCACCCGAGCAUCGACAUCUUCUCUCCUUGGGUGAGAGAAAACGACAGAUGGACAGACCUUGACUGUAAAGACGUCAUCGUCAAAUCUUUCAAGCCAGCCAUCCACGAAAAGAUGCAAAAGAAAUGGCACCCCCUUCACACGGCGCAAUACAUCUAUAGCAAAGGGCCCCUGCCAAACGUCCUUCUCAGCUGCCUUGGCGACUUGACAGAGAUGUCCCACAGCGUCGAGGCCCGCACACCGUUCCUCGACCACAAGCUGACAGAGUACAUCAACAACUUGCCGCCGAGUCUGAAGAUGGCGUACACGCCCGACAAGAUCCCGCCCGAGCGCCACCAAGGACCGUGGUGGGAGGGCAUCGGCGUCGCGUCGCAGGCUCUCACUGAGAAGUGGAUUCUGAGACAAGCGGCCAAGCCCUUCAUCCUGAAGGAGCUCUACGAGAGGCAGAAGCACCCGUUCACUGCACCGAUUGUGUGGCCCAAGGGCGGGCCGUUGCACCAAAUGUUAGAGAAGACACUUACGCAAGACAAGGUGGAAAACCUGGGGUUCGUAGAUUACGCGCAGGUCAAGGAAGCUUUAGAUAGAGGUUUCGGGGACAAGGCCGAUGUAAAAGCGUUUAGAAUCUUGCUUUUUGUGGCCGCUUGGGUCACUAUGAGCGAGCGCUUCCGGAUUCCGAAGGCGGUGGUUGGAGACUGGUCUUGA